GAGUAGAUGGCGUUUCGUUGUUGUUGUCUUCUUAUGCAAAUAUGGCGCCUGACGUAAACUCCAAUAUGUUACUAUUUUACUCUUACUUCAGGAGAAUGUAAUUUUAAGUUAGCUUGUAUGUUCCCUAUUACACUCACGACUAGGAACGAAAAUGUUGAAACAUUAUAAAAAGACCAACAGACAACAUUCCAAAAGUUUUGGAGAUGUUACAAUAAACGACUUUGCUAACGCUGUGGUAUGUUCGAAUCGUCCAAAAAAAUCUACCAAUAAUGUUGUUAAGCAAGAAUCUGAAAAAGCUUGGGAUGAAAUAGCCGAUGACGAAAACUUUGAUUAUGUACGUGAAAUGAAUGAGGAUGGUACUUACAUUUUAGUUUUAAGACAACAAUGCCAGCAAAUUAAAAAGUCAGACAAGGAACCUGUUGACAACGUUCAAAUGUUUAAUUCACAUCCGUUAGACAUUUGGUAUUUAAUAUCUGAACAUAUUCGACCUCAAGAUGUAGGAAUAUUUGCUGGUAUAUGUAAAGCUUCGUACGCUGUUGUCUGCUCGGCCAAAUUUUGGUUUACCUUGUAUAAACGUUUUUAUAAAUAUUCUUCGUGCUUACCUAUUCAUUUGCAACGAGAUCACAUGGUGCGAUUGUAUGGUUUGCGUACCUCUGUGAUACGUGCUUUAUAUUUUAUGUAUCCACCUUUUGCUAAUCGACUAAAAUCAGUUAGACAAUGUAUGAGACAUCCAGCUACUUUAGUUAAGAAACAGUGUGUGACUGCAUUUUAUAAGCAAGGAAUUGAACUACUGUACUGUUUUAAAUUUAAAGAGUAUAUGCGAUCAUUGAAACAAGUUCCAUGUAAGCAAAAUGUGAUAGAUGUGCUUGAGGAUGUAACUGCAAAUCCAGAUGAAAAUUGUUACAUAUUAUUGAUCAGCUCUAAACGUCUGAUACCUAUCCCCUGUGUUGAAGGAUUGAUCUUAAAAUCUGCACUGUUAACUUUAUCGCAGGGAUUUUGUUAUCAGCGUUUACAGUUAGAGUUUAGCUCUCAGAUGCAUGAUUAUUCUGGUAGAACGUCUGGUGGAAGUGAUCAUACAUCAAUUGUCUUUGAUCAUGUUACUGGCGUUAAAAUUAUAGAUUGGUGGGAUCCACAGUAUCCGUAUAACCAUAACUUGAAAUAUUCUUUGAUGGAUAAAGACGAGGAAGAGGAAGAUGAACUGAGUAAUAAUUAUGAAUCAUUAUUCAGUAUGAUUUAAUUAAAGUUGAUUAUUCGUAAUGGUCUAAGUAGUUCCUUGUAUUAUGAUAUAACUACAAGACUAAUAGGUCAUCUGAAAGCAGGUUGUGAUGAAAAUCAAACAAAUUUUAUGGUUACCAGAUUUCGUACACUCUCUUUGUCUAUAUUUCUUAAUAAAAAGGGUGAUUGUUAUUUU